CUACUCGUCAUAGUGCUUCGCAAUUACAUCUACCGCCCAUGGUCCCGCCCGUACCGAAGUGACAUUGAGCACCAGCGCUACAUCUGCAACUUCAUCACGCCCUGGGACCUCCCCUUGGGCGACAACUCCGUCAUCGCCGCCCUGAUUGCCAUAAGCAAGGCCAUCUGCGCGGAAGCUGAUACCCGCCGUCGAGUAUACGCAGAGCGGCUGGCGGCUGGCGAUGGGGAGGUGCACCGCGGACUGCGGUCCGGCGCCUUACAGGAUCUGCGCUAUCACCUCGUCCACCUGCUGUUCCGUGCCUUGUUGGUGAUUGUCGAUUACGAAUACUACGAGGCUGAGGACGAUUCGACCACCGUUGGCAGGGUUUCUCUCUCCCUAAUCCGCACUGGCAUUGAGGACCGGUUGAGCGCUCCUAUUUCUCUCGGGUCCAUCGCAGAUAAGAUUGAUGGUUACAAGGGAGAAGCGCAGGCCGUCGUCAAUACGACCCUCGAGACAGCAAUUGACUUUAUCAUGGGUCUAGAGCAACGAGAACUUGCGACGUCUGGAUCUCAAUUUCUCAUGGCCGACGGGUGGGAUGCUAGCGGCGACUUUUCACGCUGGUGGAAGGAACAGCCGUGGGAAGAUGAGCCGUUCACGGGGCCCAACUCACGCUUUGGCAACACGGAGGAGUACCCGGAAUGGUUAGGAGCGGGCAAGCAUUCAGAUUCGUUCAUCAUGAGGAAACACGAAUAACGCGCGAGAAGGGCUGAGGCGGCCUUUAGAGGCGUGCAGAAUGUGUGUUGUGAUAUCCGUGCCAGUCGAAUCGUUGAAGUGGGAGAGAGUUGGGGCAAUCCUAUUGUGUGAGGCAAAGAACCGGCCCCGGGGUCUUUAAUCGUAGAGGCCACGCCUCCAUCGACAUAUCCUACAGGGAGCAGUUGCGCACUGUGGCGUUGAAUACGAUGUCCGUCACACCGCGCGCGCAUCACACUCGAACACGACACCUACUAGGCUCCUAAAGAUGCCAGGUGGUUGGCAGCCACCGCUAUCAAUCGCCAAACCAGCCGUCAGCGACACGGCCGCGGUCAACAUCUUCAGCCG